AUGUCGAAGGAUCCAGAGAAUGUCUACUCUGCCAGAAUCUAUGCCCUGAGCGCCAGCAUUUCAAAUCACUAUGGGCUACACGCGCAUCGAAUCAAAGAAGCAUUCGUGCAAUCAAUUCUGCAAACAAAACUUGAGCUACCGAAACAGUUGCGGAAUACCAAACGCAGGAAGGCUUUUGCCUUUAUGGCUGUCAUCUGCUUGAUUGGAAUAUCACUUUGCUUGCGGUCUAGUGAUCAUGAUUACAACUACUCUAGCCAUUUGGAAAAAGGGUCUAUUGAUACAAACGAAGCUUGUCCAGGAUUCACAAUUGACGGGGAAGCUGUUUGUUUGAACAAAAAUGUGACACUCAUCAUCCUCAUCUUGAGUAACUACAAAGAAGUUUUCAUCAGGAACCAAAUUCGGGAAACCUGGAAGCAUUCCGCCGAAUCUCAUCCAGAAAUCAAGUCGGCAUUCUUGUUGGGCAAGCCAGAAGACCAACAAUGGCAUUACUGGAUUGAAAAUGAGCAUACAAUUUUUGGCGACUUGAUCAUUGGCAAUUUCCCAGAUUAUCCAGAUUAUCCAGCGAUUAAAAUAGACUCUGCCCUCGAAUGGGCAGCUACCUACUGUCCCCAAGCCAAGUUGCUGAUGGAAGUCCCUGACCAUUUACGCAGGAAGGCAAUUCGAGAAACCUGGGCAUCCGAAGCCACAGACCAAGUAAAAGUCGCAUUUCUCACAGGAAAAGCAGAAGACCCCGUCGUCGAUUUUCAGCUGCAACAAGAACAUCGCAUACAUCAAGACAUAAUCAAAGUAAACUUCCUCGACGUAUACACAUCAUUAUCUCUCAAAUCAGCCUCAAUGCUUAACUGGGUCCACACUUUUUGCAAAAACGCGCAGUUUGCGAUAAAGGUCGACGAGGACAUGAUGGUGAAUGUCAAAAGAAUGUCAAGUUACUUCCAAGCUCAGGAAAAUGCUUCCAAAACAAUUUAUUGUCGAGUGAAGCCGGCAGGAAACAAGAUCAGAGCCUUCAUGUUCGCUGAUCUCCACAGAGACCGCAAAUCAAAAUACUUCGUACCCUCAUCCAUGUACCCCAACGAUGUGUACCCAGAAUACUGCGCAGGGCCAGCAUACGCAAUCACUUCCGACGCGAUAACCGAGCUUUGGCAUCAAGUGAUGGACGAGCAAUUCGUCUGGAUGGAGGACUUCCUCAUCACGGGCCUGGCGGCAGGGAACCUUGGGCUUCGACUCGUCGAUAACGACGACUUCGUUGCCCAAAGCCCAAAGAACCCGAGGCGGGAAGAGGUCCUGAAUUACUUGGUAUACUAUGGACGAAGUCACGAGUGCAUGCGUCUUCUGUGGAACGAACACGUCAAGGCUGAACGAAGGGGUUUCCUCCGAAAAGAUGCAAUUCGUGAAACUUGGGCAACGCAGGCAAAUGGGUCAGGAGUUGCAUACGCAUUUCUUAUCGGAAAUCCAAAUGACGAAUACUUGAAUGAAAAAUUAUUGAAGGAGCAUCAGAGAAACGAGGAUCUUAUACAAAGCAACUCGUACGACUCGUACGCAACUUUGACAAUCAAAUCGCUUACUCUCCUCCAAUGGGUCAGCACAUUCUGCAAACACGCAAAAUUCGUUUUGAAAGUUGACGACGAUGUGAUGGUCAACAUUCAAAACAUCUUGGAUUUUCUGAGAGUACAUGCAACCGCCACAAGAAUGAUCUUCUGCACUGUGCGACCAAUGGGUCAGCGCGUCAUCAGAGACAAUUUAAAGGCUUUUGAAUCACCAAACUCCGAGAGUUUAAAAAUCUCAGAAAUUUUCGAAAUCAAAAUCCGCAGAGAUCCGACUUCAAAGUACAACAUGCCGAAAUGGAUGUUUCCAGAGGAUAAGUUGCCAGCGUAUUGUCGCGGAGGCGCAUACGUAUUAACAGCCGACUCGAUAUCGCCUCUUUGGCACCAAGUCCGCCAAGAACAAUUCAUUCUGCUCGAGGAUCUUCUCGUCACAGGAAUCGCGGCUCCAAAAUGCGGCAUUCAAAAGAAGCACAACUUGAACUUUGUCCCUCCGAAGUCCAAAGACGACGGAAGAAAAGAGAUUGAGGGUUUCUUUUCGUAUUAUGCUCAAAGUCCGGAGAAUAUGAAGCUUUUGUGGAAAGUGCGUCAACAUGAUUUGCACCAACCCCUACUGCAUUCGACAAAGGUGGAAGGUGACCCAGCAGACCAGGAAAUGAAUUCCGUCACGACGCAAACUCCACAGAAUCGAGCGAAGGAGGAAAGAAAAAAACUCGUUACUCAGGGACCGAAACGAAUGGAGGCUUUUCAGAAAUCGCCCCGGGAUAUCUCAUUGCAUUUUCUUAAAACAAACCGAGCUCAUAAGGCAUUCACAACGUCUGUGAAGACACGAAUCUCGCGCAUUUUCUUGCAUAUUUUCAAGAUCUUGUUCGGAGAAAUUUCCAGCCAUAAGAAGCCCCAUCUCGUCGACACGCUUCUCGCAGAAUCCACGCAAAUUAUUUCGAUCACGCUUUACCCUUUCCGUCGGGAAAUCCUCGGAAAUCAUUUGGCACGCCUCAAAAUCGUCAGCUGUCCGGAAGACGAAUCGAGAGGACGAAGAAAAUCAGCGGCAAGACGAGGAGGCGAACAUUACCAGGGACACAGAGAAAUACGAGCUCCUCAAUCAACUUCCUUCCUACUUGACACGUUCACACUUCAUCUGCUCUCCAUUCUCGGUCGUCACGUGCCGAAAUUAAUGAACGCCAGUGACUCAACGAUG